UUGGGCUCCGACUCUGUGGCGGUUGGAGGCCGGAAAGCCUUAUGCCCUUAGCUAAGUCUGGGUCUUUGAAGCGGGUUCGGUUUCUACAAGCUAGUAACCCACCCAACCCUGGCAUUGCUGGACAAUGGCAGCUGAGCCAAGGGUGACCAGGGCUCUGAACUCUGUGGUCCAGGCUUUGAGGGAACCAAAGAUGUUCUCAGUUGUGGAAGAGGAGAAUUUGGACAGCAGAACAAAAAAGGAAGACAGCCCCUUGGAGCAGAUAAAUUUGUCACAGAAAGCCACAUCAAACCCUGGGGCCUUUGUAGGGUCUCUCCCCCUGCUCAGUUACUGGGAGAUAGAUAGCCCAAAGAAGGAGACCAGCCAGCCUGGGGAGCCAGGCCAGGAGUGGGUAAAGGAAAGAAGAGACACUGUGAAGCCAGUGAAACCUAUACAGAAGAUGUUCCCGUGGAUGGGCGAGGUGGCAGCUGCCCUGCAAGAAUCCAUAAAGAUAGAUUGCUGGCAAGAGGAGUGGGUGAAGAAGCCAGUCACCUUUGAGGAUGUGGCAGUGAAUUUCACCCAGGAAGAGUGGGAAUGUCUCGAUGUCAGUCAGAGGGUCCUUUACCAGGAUGUCAUGUCAGAAACCUUUAAGAACCUGGCGUCUGUGGCCAGAAUCUUUCUGCAUAAACCAGAUUUGAUCAGCAAACUUGAACAAGAAGAGGAACAGUGGAGAGUAUAUCUCCAUCCCCCAAACAGAGAAGGUCUGCUUUCAGGAGACAAGGAGGAGCUUUGUGAACCAAAGCAGAGUCUGAAACAUGAGGGGACUAGUGACGACAAGAAGGUCACUCUCAGUUGCAGAGGGGCCUGCCAGUGCCCACCCUCCACUCCAGCUGAGCCUAUGGACAGGACCCCAGUGUUCCAAGCAUACCAGGCACGACCACCCUUUUCUUGCCACACCUGUGGCAAGUGUUUCAGCAGACGCUCCUACCUCUAUAGCCACCAGUUUGUUCAUAGCCCCAAGUGGACUAAUAGCUGCAGCAAGUGUGGGAAGUUUUUUCGGAGCCCCAAGUCCCUCAGCCAUCACACACGCAUGCAUCUUGGGGAGAGGCCCUUCUGUUGCUCACUCUGUGACAAGACCUAUUGUGAUGCUUCUGGACUGAGUCGUCACCGCCGUGUCCAUCUGGGUUACCGGCCUCAUUCAUGCACCAUGUGUGGGAAGAGCUUCCGGGACCAGUCUGAGCUCAAACGCCACCAGAAGAUACACCAAAACCAAGAGUCAGUGGCUGGAAACCAGGAUUGUAUUGUGAGGAUUCCAGGUACCACUGCUGGAUUCCAGACACCCAUUAUCAGAAGCCAAAGGUCCAUCCAGGAGCUUGUGGAUAUGAGCCACAUACCUGUGGCCAGGACCCAGGCAUCUAACACUAAAGCCCCCUGCCUAGAUACCAGAUCCAGCUUGCAGCCAGUGAAGCCCUCAAGAUUCAGGGUCUUCUCUUGCCCCCAUUGUCCCUUGACUUUUAGCAAGCAAGAUUAUCUUUCUAGCCACCAGAAGGCCCAUCUCAAAGAGCAGCUUCACUGCUGCUUCCAUUGUGGCAAGUCCUUCAGUUCAUUUUCCAGGCUGGUCAGGCACCAGCAGACCCACUGGAAACAGAAGAUCUACCGUUGCCCUAUCUGUGACCUCUGCUUUGGAGAGAAGGAGGGCCUUGUGGGUCACUGGAAGGGCUAUAAAGGCAAGGAACUGUGCCUGGGCAGCGCUCGGAAGUGCUGGGUCACCCUGGGCCAGUGGCUUGGUUUCUUCCAUGAUGCCUCCCCUAUGUCUGGGAAGGAUGGGAAGUAUGUAGGAAAUAGGUCUCCUCCUAGGAUCCAAAAUCCCAGGAGGGGGAGGCAACAGAGAAGACAUGCAAAGGAGACAAAGCAAAGGAAGCAGUGAGCAUCUUGAAACAUAGCUCUACACCAAUCAGGACUACGGUCUUGGAAAACAACUGCUAUUUGUAAAGUUGGCAUGCUGUGAUUUGCAGUGAGGAGGUUGUUGCACUCCAGUUCGUGGCACAGGCCCUCCUAUC